CCCGUGUCCAGCGCAGCCUCCCGGGCCCGAGCUGCAGUCGCCCAGCAGUCGGGCAGGGGCGUGGGGGGCGACCUGGUAACAGCCACCGAGGUGACUAGGAUUACAAGCAUGACCAGGAAGAUCUUUGCCAAUACCAGGGAGAGGUGGAGGCAGCAGAAUGUCAAUAGUGCCUUUGCCAAGCUGAGGAAGCUCAUCCCCACUCACCCUCCGGACAAAAAGCUCAGCAAGAAUGAAACGCUUCGCCUGGCAAUGAGGUACAUCAACUUCUUGGUCAAAGUCUUAGGAGAGCAAAGCCUGCAUCAGGCAGGAGUGGCUGAUCAGGAAAACAUUCUGGGACUCUUCCCCCAAGCACCCCACCCUCCAGAGAGGACUCUGCUUGUUGACUACCAGACCCCUUCCCCUGAUCUGGGCCACUGCGUUCCAUAGUGUGUCUCUGCCUGUCCCCUCCCAGAGCAUUCCUUGUUCAGAAGCCUCUGACUGUGGACAGCCUGUUGUGUGUUCCAGAGUCAGCCUGGUAGUUUGGAGACGUGAAUUUGAGCUCUAUAGGAGGUGCUCAGGGAGCCCAGAGGAGGUCACAACACUGUGGCUUUGCAAUCACAGAACCACCUGUCUCUCUAUGUGAACCAACUGCAUAGGAUGUUUGACACAAAUUUCUGGUUUAAAACUGGUUCCACAUUCCUGUUUCACUCAAUGUUGUUUCCAAUGAUAAGAAAGGGUGGAUGAGUAGAGGUUCUUUCCCUCUGGACAAUUGUUAAGGUUUGUCUUGAGCAAAAAAAAAAAAAGGUAUACUGGAGCAAGGAUGCACAAAGAAAGUCUUAAGGUUGACAAAUGAAAAAGACAGCCCUUGUGGAAACCAACCUGGAGACAUGUGGGAAAAGCUGGUGGAGGAAAAACCCUCUCGACACGCGAGGAUUGCAGCAAUGCAGCAGCUCCACAAAGAAGUGCUUGGCAGCCCUUGUCUCUGUGGAAACGUGAGGUGUGACUUGCAUUGAGUCAGUCACGUAUUAGUAUCUCCAAGCCAAAUAAUGGAUCAUAUUUGUGACAGGAAGGGACUUGGUAUUUGAUGAAUUAAUGAGUUAAUAGUGUUCUUACAGAAGAGAAGUUUGUUAACAUGGACAAUCUAACUCCUUUGUUUCACAUGUUAGUGACAUUUUAAGUUCAGCCUGAGUUUCUUCUGCUUUAAAACUGGUAUAAUUCAAAUAUGUAUAUGGAAACCUGAACAUUACAAUUUAGUGUCUUUUUUUUAAAAAAAGAGAGCUUGGUUCAAACAAAGAGAUUUAGAGUAGACAAUAGGAUAGUAAUACCUGACUUUAAUGGAUUCAUGGGUUUUAAUUUGUCUUCUUUGCUGAAGAGAAUUAGCUCAAUCUUACCCUGGGAUGGAUGAUACCCAUAGGUCAGUGAAAUAAAGUGUACCUGGCAUAAUUUAUCAUCAUGUGUCUCACCCCCUCACACACACAUACUCCAGGAUACUCAGAUCCAAAGAGGAAUCUCAUAGUUGAACACAGAAUAUAAAUAAUGUCCUUUGAUUGUCUCUGGGACGUUCAUUUCCCCAAAGUUCUUGACAGUGCAUUGGUUUUAAAACCUUCUGAACCACAGGAAACUGUUGUAUUUGAGGUUAUGGAUUGCCAGAAUGUGUACAAUAGAAGAAUUUAAAUUUCCUUCCACUCUCCAAAGAAGAUAUUUGAUUUAUGAAAGGUUGAAACAAGCCUUUUGGUUUAGUUAUCAGAAGAAAGCUGGAUGAGACUCCCUUAAAUCUCAUUCCCCCUAAAGCAAGAUCAUAAUGUCACCAAAUUCUCUACAGCACUCACUCUUGUAGUACAGUCAUUCAUUCGAAGCAAUAUAUUCUCCUGAUAGGUCAUUUAUUUAAAUUUCAUUCAGUACACUUCCCUAUGGGGCUAGAAUAAUCCAGGGAAGCACAUAAGCACAGAGUCCAGGGGAUUUUCUCCAAAUAUCCAUUUCUUUUUCAUGAGCUUAUGUGGACUUAAGUUUGUACCCAAACUAUCAAAUGAUAGUACAUGUCUUCUCAAAGAUUUGGAAACAGUUGUCAAUUGAAUAACAUUACAUACUCUCUCAUUUGGCGUUAAAUCAAAACUGCCUUCUCCCAGCCUUCUUAUAGUAUCUUGUUUUCACAUGUUUCUGAGGAAAUCACAGAGACUGAAGACAGGAUUUUAAUGCCCUUCCAUGAGUGGAUGCAUUUUCCUGCCUUCAGGUCUUGGUCUGUGUGAAUAAAGGGCCUUCCCACGAUAGUGUAACAGAAUGUACCUGAUGAAGGGAAUAGAAUUAUCUAAAAAAGACACUGCAGAAAAAUUGUUUGAUAAAUGAAUAAGCAUUUAUAAUAUUGAUGUGAUGCUGGAGAGACAGAACAGGGGGUGCUAUGCAUGCAGCCAAUGCUAGUUUGAUCCCUGGCACCUCAUAUAUAUAUAUUUUUUUAGCCCUCCCAGAAAUAAUCUCUGAGUGCAGAGUGAGGAGUAAGCCCUGAUCAUUGCACAUUGUGGUCCCCAAACAUUUUACUUUCACCUCUUAGAUUAUGUCUUUUGUAAGCUUGGAUUUUUUGAAGAUAAGUCUGUGUUAGAGUAAAGGGACUGUCAGAAGGAAUGAUGGUUGGCUCCAGACCAAAUAUUUGGAAAGGGAUCCAUGAGACCGGAAGCUAACACAGAAAUCACUUCACAGUCUUCCUUGGUGACACCCACUUCUGGUUCAGUGAUGGCUGCACUAAGAAUUUAUAAUUCAAGCACAUUGCAUUGCACUAAGGGUGCAUUUCUUCAUGGCUCAUUUGCACCCAACCGAAAACUUUAAACAGAUUAUAUAAUCGAUGCUACUCAGCCAUUUGUGAAAAGUAUUUAUUCUCCUAAGGACAGCACUGGAACUUCUAGAAAUCAGAUACAAAUGGGUUCAUUAAUUUAUAAAGUUUAGUUUAGGAUCACUAAUUUUACUUCUUUUGUAGAAGAGAAAACAGGAUUUUGGAAUACUUUUACCAUAGUCACACAGGCAGUUAAUGAGCCCAGGACACAGUGCCAAGUUUUCUGGGUCCAACAUUUCUUCGGCUCUGGUCAGUUGCCAAGUACUUUAAAGUUGAAAGUGGGCGAGCCCCUUGUUAUAUGCAUCUCUUUAACAUGGUGUUCAGUAGCAUUCCACCUAGACUUUUGUUGUUCCAAUUGAAUUACUGUACUUUGUAGAAAGUGGUUAAAUAUAUCAGCCAAAGAUUUUAUUUGUUGGUAUAUUUUG